UCUCUCACGACUCUAUCGCCCUCUAUAACGCCGCUUUCUACUUGAUGUGUCAAUGAUAGCCUCCUAGUACCCCGCAAAUAACCAAGCACACAUACCCUAUCGUCCCUCAUGGCCCGACGAUAUCACAUCGAUGAGCUGCUUGUGCUACGCGCAUCGCCUCUGGUCACGAAACCGGACAAAUUACCUCCGAUAGAAGAAUGGAUGGGUCCGAUCCCUGAUCCAGUGACGCAGCGUAAACCUACCAAUUCCAGAGACAACAAUAAUCAAAUUGAAACUACUCCAAACAGACGACCUAGCUUGUUCGAGACGCGGCAUGUAUCGCGGGGGUCUAACUCAGAGGAUAUCAUUCUCGGACCUCCGAAGACGGCCUUCGCAUCUGCUUCUCGCAUCUAUGGGAAAUCGUCAUCAAUCGAUUCCACUGAUCGAUCCAGGUUCAAGGACAUAGAUGACGUCAAGAAUGAUCGAUACAACUUCCGAGAAAAGUUCUUCAAGGACAAAGAAAAUGGGGAAAGAGAUGCCGACAGGAGAGAUACGAGAUUGGGUGCCACCAACGGACGACGCGGUGGCCGCGAGGAUAGAGAGGAAUGGAAUAACGGGCGGCCACGUCGCACUUUUGGUCAGGAUGACCAGGAACGAAGACCGAAGAGGAACGGUGAAGUUGAUCGAUGGGAUAAUCGAGACAGGGAGAGGGACCAGCAAGAUAUCGGGUUUGAACGAGGAAAUAAGGAUAAGGAUGGACGCUUCAUCUCCCGCCGCGAUGGUCAGGGUAGAGGCAGACAUGAACAAAGCUGGUUCCGUGACGACGCGGGUCAGGAGGCGCAGAACAUCGACGAUGACAGACCAUCCGCAAGGAACCGAGAUUGGCGCCGGGAUAGACAAGGUGCUGACCGUGAAUGGAACCGGGGUGCGCGAUUUGAGCAAGACCCGGAAUGGAUGGAUGCUACGGAUCGAGACGAGCCGCGCCAGGCUCAUACACAGGAAGAUUUCCAACGCUGGAAAGAGAGAAUGAAAGCUGGCUCUGCACAGCCGCAGCAAAAUCAGCCGCCAGAGGAGAAAAAUGCGAUUCCGGAACAAGCACCUGAAGGUGCGCGAAAGACAGAAAGUCGGCCCGCGGAAGGCGAAUUGUUCAGUAAUGUCAGCACACCAUUCAAUGCGGACACCGGUCUGGAAAAGUUCUUCGGGUUACUGGGUGACACCAAAGCAACUCAGGACCCGGGUACUCCAGGUCCAACGGAGUCCGCAGCGAAGAAAGAAUCUCUGUCUAUAAAGGGAGGAAAAUCAUCUCGCUUCGCAGGGCUCUUCAGCCCUUCAGCAGAGAAUGCCAACAGGGAGCCCGAGACUCUCAACAGGCCAGCCCGCCCGAAUUCUACUGAUGCGGAUCAAGAAGGGUUCCAACGGAUCUUGCAGAUGCUUGGAUCAAGCAAGUCGCGCAAUACCACUCCGCAGGUCGACGGUUCGCAACAGCCGCGCCCAGCGCCUCUUCCUGCAGAAGUCUCGAGAUCUUCCACAACAUUAUCAUCGCCAGCAAGGGAGCCUACCAAUAGACCAGAUUAUAUGGGAUACCAGGAUGCAAGGAACAGGAACUCCGCAGGCCUUGAGUCGCUCCUUCCUCAAAGUUCUCCCAAAGAAUCGCAGGCAAGUAUUCGGGAUAGGGAAAACUUGCUCCGCUUGAUGCAGCAGGUUCGCCUUUCUCCUGCAAGCGGUCAAGCCCAAGGAAAUCUGCAAUCACCAACUACAGGACCAACCCCGGGCAUACUACAUGUGCCUAAUUUGCUAUCUCGUCCCCAAGGGAUGCAGAAGCCGCAGAGAACGCCGAGCUUUUUGGAUGACCCUGCUAUUGCAGAGAUGUCAAGACCUGGUGCCGAUCCUAAUGAACAGCUGCGUCGAAGACCUACCAAUGGUAUUCAGAUGGGGCACAUGGAAGGAAUGACACGUCAAAGGCCUACCAGUGCUAUUCAGAUGGGGUACAUGGAAGAAAUGCCAUUCCCUGCUGUUCCCCAAGGACCCCAAACGCCCGGAGAAAGAAUUCCUCAGAGCCAUGGCCAGCCUCCGAUGGUUCUUCAGCGACCACCAGGAUUUGAGCAGAUGCCAAUUCCCGGAUGGGGAAACCAGCCUCCCCAGAGUGGCGGACCGGGCCCUCUUGCUCCGCCACCUGGUAUCCCUGCUCCAUCGAGAGGCAUGAACCCGAACUUCUUGGCUGGUCCUAUGCCCAUUCCUGGGAACAUCCCUCCACCGCACGAGCGCCAGCCAUUCCCACGUGGACCUCCACCUGGCAUGAUGCCUCCGCCGGGAUAUAUGAAUAUCAACGGACUGCCCACCUCCGCUUUUCCACCGAUGCCCCAUACUCCUGAGGCUAUGAUGGGGUUGCCUCAUUCAGGGCAGGGCCCAGUCGGGGCUGGUAUCGCUGGACCUCAGGGCCCGCCACCCUCGUCUAGACACCUCCUUGAAAUGUUUGGGCAAACCAACGGCGCGGAUAUCCGAGGCGGGAUGAUGGGCCCAGGGCCUUUUAGGUAGAAGCCAACAACUAUCGGCUUUAUCUGUCCGUUCCUGCUCAAUCCACGCUGAAUGAGCAUACAUUGGACUAAUCGUUAUUCACUCAGUUUUGGAAUAAGUCGGCCCUCUUCCUUCCGUUUUAGCUUUUUUCCUCGCGGUGCUCUUAG